UCUCUGUCUAUGCCUUUCGGUCUUCUCUCUUCUUCUUCUUCUUCAUCUAGUUACUUGACCUUGUCGGCUGCAUAUUCCAGCUGACGUCCGCUCCUUGGUUUCGCCAUUCCACUCCAUCUCAGUCACUCGUUCGACUUUUGACCGCCGGUGUCUCUCUUUAUCUCGCGCAUAGAUCGACCUUGUUCGUCGCUCUUUACCUUCGCUUCCCAGUCGACCCACCGUCGGCUUAAUCACGCACUCCUUUGCAGUCACCAUUCGUGUCGGCAGGCAGACACCUUUCCUUCCAGUCUAUCGCUUUAUCCGAGACCGUGUGCUCGCAUCUCAUUCUUUCCCCUCGCAAGACUACGGCGGACCCUUAGUGGAAUUUGGGCGGUUCGACGCCAGACCUGGAUGUUAGCAGGAUGGCCCAUCAUGGCACCAGUCAUACUCGCUACAACCGGAUGAUGAGGAAGAAAUCGCAGCCCGAUUCGGGAUCGUACGGGGACGCCGACCAGCAGCCCGACUCGCCAACCGCCAUAUCUCCGGAACCAGUGGUAUACGGGUUGAAGGACGAACUGAUUCUCGACCGGGACCACCAGAAACAGGACACCGAUGCCUCGUUGCUCGAGAAACGUCAGCAAUCGGACACAUUGGCGAACGACCAGACGACCGUGUCAGCAACCGUCAUCAACGUGGUCGAUCAUAAUUCGCAGGCAGCUAGCUCCGGCACGUCAGCCACCCCUCCAACCACCGUCUCCGACGAGUCCACCGUGGCCGCGACAUCUGGCGUGUCAACUGAGGCGGAGUCCAUUAUUGUAUCGCUCUCUGCCAGCAUCUCGGUUGCCGACAACCCACAUCCCUCACCUGCGUAUUCCUCGCCCACGGCGGACACCCCGGCCGUGACCAGUACUCGGGAAGCGUCAUCCACGGCCCCCCUCGCGUCUAGUUCCAUCCCAUCGAAAACGUCCACGCCAUUGUUCGGUGUCGCCGGUUCAGCGGCAACCGCGCACCCGUCUAUGGUGUCUGGCAAGCCGUCGAGUGCCUUCUCCGACUACAGUCCCAGUCAGACGCAGGGCAGCAAUUCGGGUUCGGGUUCGGGUUCGGGUUCGGGCACGGCAGUCAGCUCUGGCUCCGGCUCUGCCUGGGUCUUCGGGUCCGGGUCGCAAUCCACCAACACUGCCACGGGUACGGCGACGACUACGACUUCUUCUUACACCGGUUCCGUGACCAGCGCCACGGACACCUACAUCUCUUCGGGAUCUUCUUCCACCGACUCAUUCUACGGUACCUGGAGCACAGGCUCGAGUGGCGGAGCCGGCGGAUCCGGCGCCACGGCCACCGGAAACGCUCCCUUGUCGACCUCGUCCGGGUCCUCCUCCGGGGGCUCGGGUGUGCUCAGCAACCAGGCCAAAGGCAAGAUCGCCGGCGGCGUGGUGGGCGGUGUCGCGGCUGCGAUGAUCGUGUUUGUGAUCGUGGCCUGGCUGCUCCGCCGCAAAAAGAAGGGCAUGCAGGGCCUCCUCCCGUCCGGGACGGGCGCCCUUCCGGCCCCGGACACGGCUGCCACGGCGACGACCGAAGGCUCCUUCACCCGCAUGGGUGAAAUGGCCUCGCGGCGGUCCAGCAAUGACCCCCUCUUUACAGCCUCGUACUUUGCCCCAGCGUUCAUGAAACGGUGGCGGCAAUCGCACAUGACGACGCGCACCGAAGACAGCGUGAGCUCGGAACCCAGCGAACGCGGCUUCCAGAAGAUCGCCGGGCGCAAAAUCCCGUCGGUGCUGCAUUCGGGCGGCGACGGCUACGGCGGGGGCUUCGAGCCCGGGUCGCCGACGACGUCCGAGACAUUCUCCGCGGGCUCGCCCGCCGAGGAGACGGCGGGCCGCAUGAUGGUGUUCCGACCGUCGCCGGCGCGCACGGCCUCGGCCAACGCCAGCCUGCACAGCGAGCACAUGGGCCCGCGUCCCGUGUCGCAGGUGCCUCAGAUCCAUGUGUCCGAGGCCGGGCCGUUGUCGCCGACGAUGCCCAAACGGCCGGACGCGCUGGGGCGCAGCCACCCCAGCUUCGAUGGCAGCCGGGGCAGUCGGUUCACGGAGAGUAUCUAAAGCGGGUAUGGGGUUAUAUACUCGCACUCUGUACAUAUGGUGGUGGUUAUGGUAGUGGUGGAGGAGUUAAUAGCGGGACAUUGUCGGUCUGUGUGACAUACGCCAUGGUCAUGUUGAUCACGUCUGCAAUCUGUACUACUUGCUAGCCUGUUUUCUUAUGGAUACCCCAAUUCAUCUAUUUUCUGUUUGUGCCGUCGUCGUGCGGUCCAUCCGUCCGUCCUUAUGGAGAUAAAAAU